GUUGCCGAUUUGAGUAACAAACAUAAAGAAAUGGUGUUGGACAUAUGUGCUGAAACUAUCAAUGAAAUACAAACAGAAAAUCUAAGUUUGUCCUUCCCUGGAAAGAGUCCCGAGCAAAUGAUUCAACUAUUAAAGGAAAAAAUUUUACGACCCUGUCUUUUGUCUUAUCCAGAAUUUCUGAGAAGGAACACACAGGAAGUGAUGCGGAACGUGACCACGACUGAUCCCAGUUACUUCCUGUCUAUUGUAGAACUCUUACAAUCAUCAACUUGUACAAUACUGGAUUACAAAAAAGUGGAUAUGAUGUUUAAGAGUCCAGGUAUAGAUCCAGCGAUUCGAGAUAUGUGGCGGGUAUGGGGCCACGAACAAAUCUCUCGAAAGGUUUUCCCAGUGACUAUGGCUGUGGCCACCCCUCUUACGAAGUUGGGUCCUCUGUAUGGUCACUUACCAACUGUGUCUGAUACGGGGCCUGAGGCUGUGGUUAGUGUUGGUACGCUGUCUCAUGUCCCUGUCAAAGAAGGUCUUCAGAGUGUUAUAAAAUGUCUGAAGUCGCAAGAUAUAUCACAAAUAAAACUCAAAGGCUCGGAUCACGACUCAAAGUUUCAUUCUUGCAACUGCAGUGUAUGCAAAAUACAACCUCAAACAAGGCGCAAUACAAGAGUUAGAUUGUAUGGAGAUUUAGCAAAACAAACAACAUCAAGCUCUGAAUGUUCUGCUUUCCAUCUCCCUCUUCAAAAGAGACAAACUUCCUCAACCACCGACGAUUUCUGCAGCAGAUCAUCCGUCACAUCUUUUCGACUUCAAUCCAGCGUCUCCUCCUUCUCUUACCAUCAUCGACAUCACCACAGCUCCUACCUAUCAUCCUCCGAAGAGGCAUCCAGAUCUCACACGGACUAUCAUCAGUCAUUCGACGCUGUUCAUGCAGAAUCCAUUCAGAAUCGAACUAAUUACGGAUCUUCUUCCAGCCACGUUGUGCAACCUGUGCCACAUUAUCUACCCAUCAACCUGAAGGCAUUCUCUCAAAGGAUGCUCUACGGAUACCCAAUGCUCAACAAACCACAGUACCCUAUGCCCAUAACAACGAGACCGACUCACUGAACUAAAAGUUUAAAAAAAAAUCUAUAUAUGACACUUGCACUGAUGAUAGCUUUGGACCAACCAAAUGAACCGAACUAUAAAAUCGAAAUUUUUGCGGAGAUGAGCUGCAAUAUACAGGGUUAUCUCUAAAUAAAACUUUUGCCGUAUAUUUUCAUAAUUAUCUUAGAAAAUGAAUACUUAUAUAUAUAUUAGGCAUCACAAAAUUUUUUAAAAUAAGCAGUGUAAAGUUAAUGGAAAUAAUAAUAAUAGAACAUGAAUCAACUUCUAUCCAUAUAAACGAAACUUUCUAAUAAUAAUAGAACAUGAAUCAACUUCUAUCCAUAUAAACGAAACUUUCUAAUAAUAAUAGAACAUGAAUCAACUUUUAUCCAUAUAAACGAAACUUUCAUCUCAUCAUUAACCUAUCAAACUGAAAGCGUUUUCAAAAGUGAAUCUCCAUCAUGCGUUCAAUAAGCUAACAUACCUUCCGCAAAUAACAAGACUAACUGACAACUCACUGAAGCGAACGUUUAUCAGCGAAGAACAGCUGUCAGAGACUUUGCUGAAUGCAUUGAAAAGCAAUGAUAUCUUUGGAUAAACAAAUUGCACAAAAUUUUUGAUACUAGACAGAAAAUUGAAGUUUUUGAGGUGCUGAGGUGUUGGGUGUUCUCAUUACACUACCUUUACAUUUUUAAACUUCUUGUAGAAAAUGGAUUAAUAAGUACUUAUACAUAAUAGGCGUCACAAAAAAUAUUAAAAUAAGUAGUACAGAGUUAAUUAAAAUAAAAAUGUAUGAAUCUCAUUCUUCCAUCUAUAUAAACGCAACCAUUGCCACAUCAUAAACUUAAAAAGCUGGAGGCGUUUUUAAAAUUGAUUCUCCAUCACAUGUUCAACAAGUCAGCGUACCUUUUGCGGAUAACAACGAGACUGACUCAUUAGAAUGAACUUUUUCAAGAAAUACCUAUUUGAGUUUUUGAUGAAGCAAUGAUCUACAAAAAAUAAUAUUUUGUACUGGGCUUAAGAUUUUGCAUCAUUUAGCAAUGGUAUACAGGGUGUGCCCUGAACAUCAUCUUUACCCUAUAUUUUCAUGACUAUCGUAAGAAUAAUAAACACUUACUUAGUGGCAUCACAAAGAAAUAUUCAAUGAAGAAAUACUUAAUAGAAAUAUAACAACCACAUCAUAUUAAUCAAGCCAUUACACCUCAACUGUUGACAACGAGACUGAUUCACGGAUGCGAAGAUUUUCAUAAAUAUCUACCUGAGAUUUGAUGAGUGUACUAACAAUUCGGAUAUUAGUGCUUAGGCCAAAAUCAAAUGAUAUCUAUGGACCUGAAAAAUGAUAUCUUUAGAUCUGAAAAAUAAUAUCUUUUGUACCAAGCUUAAGUACUUGAGAUUUUACAUAGUUUAGGAUUGAUAAACACGUACAGGUAUAAUAAACUCUAAACGCCGUAUUUGUCAUGUAUUUUAAUACUUCUCGUAAGAAAUGGAUUGGUAACCACAUACAUAGCUGACGUCACAAACAAGUAUGUGAUUGAAAAAUGCAAAAAUUAAUAAAAAUGCAAACAAAAACCGUGAAUCCUCUUCCAUCUACGAAAAUACAACCUGUUAUCUCAUAUACUCAACAAACUACAACGCCAUCUGUUGAUUAUAAUGGGACUGACUAACUAAAUCAAGUGUUUUAAAAAGAUAUCUAGCAGUAGUCAAUAUCUUAAAUGAGGGCAAGAGUGAUGUCUUUGGACCAACAAAAUAUUAUUUUAUUGUACAAUGCUAAAUAAUGUUACGUUUUUCUGCAAUAGUGUUCUGCAAACACUACCCUUUCAGUAUGUUUUCCAACAUUCUCAUAGAAAAUAAUUUUAGCUCAUUAACUAUACACUUCUCUCCAAAAUCUAUGUAUUUUUCAGUUUAUUUCUUGAAGAGGAGAAUAUCACCUCAAAAUUUAAAAUGCAAUUUUCUCCGCAAAUAAAUUUAAAUUGAAAAUUAAA